AUGACAAUAAAUCAAUUGAUAGUUAUUGGAGGUGGUAUUGCAGGAUUAACAUGCGCUGAAUCAUAUAGUCAUUUAAAACCCAACGAUAAAGUAACAAUUCUUUCAUGUUCUCCAAUUUUAAAGACAGUAUGUAAUGUUCAAAAGAUUAGUAAAGUAUUAGAAUCAUUUGAAGUUUUUGAAACACAAUUUACAGAUAUUGAAUUUAAAAAUCCAAAUAUAUCUGUUAUUAUAUGUGAUGUUGAUUCAAUUGAUAUAAAUAAUAGAAUUGUUAAAACUGAUAAAGGUAAUUUCAAAUAUGAUUAUUUAUCAAUUUGUUCAGGUGCUAAACCAAAUUUAGUUAAAGAAUCACCAUACUUAAUUGGAAUUAGAGAUACUGAAACAAUAGUUGAUUUAAAAAAUAGAUUAUCAAAUGCAAAAAGAAUAGUUAUAGUAGGUAAUGGUGGUAUUGCAUUAGAAUUAAUACACGAAAUAAAAAAUUGUCAAAUUAUAUGGUCAAUUAAAGAUAAACAUAUUGGAAAUGCAUUUUUUGAUAAAGAUGCUGCUGAUUUUUUAUUUAGAUCAAAACAAAUUAUUGAUGAUGAUAAUCAUGAUAAAAAAAACGUAGUAAAAGAACAACAACAACAACAACAAAAAGAUGGUAUAUUAUUGAAUGAAGAUGAAUUAAUAGCAAAAAAUCAAAAUAUAUCAUCACAAUCAAAUUCAUCAUUAUAUAAAAGUGAAAGUGGAUCUGCAUUAGGUCCACAAUGGUAUAGUAAAUAUAAUUUUAAAACAACCGAUCAAUAUAAUAAAAAUAAUCAAGAAAAGAAAUAUAAUUUUAAUGAAAAUGUAAAUAUACAAUAUUCAACAUUUUUAGAUGAAAUUUAUUCAAAUCAUGAUAAAAAAUUAAAUCAAGAAAUUAUAAAUAAUAAUAAUAAUGGUGAUGGGGAUGAUAAAGAAGAUUGGCCAAUUUAUGUAAAAUUAAGUAAUGGAAAUUUAUUUGGUUGUAAUUUUAUAAUAUCAGCAACUGGUGUAAUACCAAAUUCAACAAUUUUAACAAAGGAUAAUAAUAAUAAUAAUAAUAAUAAAAUUAUUAAAUUAUCAAAUGAAGGUGCAAUUAUAGUUGAUGAACAAAUGAAAACUAGUGUUGAUAGAAUUUAUUCAGCAGGUGAUGUAUGUAGUAUUGAAUGGUCAGAAUCAGAGGUUUGGUUUCAAAUGAGAUUAUGGAGUCAAGCUAGAACUCAAGGUAGAUAUACUGCUCAAUGUAUUGCAAAUGAGUCAGUUAAAAAUACACCUCAACAAGAUAAUCUUGAUCAAAUUUGUACAAAUUUUGAAUUUGAAUUAUUUGCACAUGCAACUAAAUUCUUUGGUUUUAAAGUUAUAAUGUUAGGUUUAUAUAAUGCUCAAGGUUUAAAUUUAAAUUUAGAUAAUAAUAAUCAAAAUGAAGAAAAUCAAGAUAAUAUUAAAAUUUAUACUCGUGAAAUAAUUGGUGAACAAUAUGUAAAAGUAAUUUUAAAAAAUGGUAGAUUAAUUGGUUCUUUAUUAAUUGGUGAUACAGAUUUAGAAGAAACAUUUGAAAAUUUAAUUUUAAAUCAAAUCGAUUUAUCAGGAUAUGGUGCUGAAAUUUUAAAUCCGGAAAUUGAUAUUGAAGAUUAUUUUGAUUAA